UGCCUGCUCGGCGUUGUUGCGCGUGUCCCUACCCGGCUGGCCGCCACCACCCCGCUCUGCCCGGCUCGCUCCCUUCGCGCUCCCGGCCUGCCCGUCUCUCCGCGCCCGUGCCCCGCCGUCCCAGCGCUGCCCUGCGCUCCCCCCGCCGGCCGCCCCCGCAGCCUAUGGCCCUGGAGGGCGCCGCUGCCGCCGCCUGUAUUUCUGCUGUAGGUUCCCACAUCCCUCUUUAAAAAUUCCGCCUAAAAAGCGAAGACGAUUUACCAAAUCCUUCGGGCCGUUGUCGCACGGCAAACUCUCUGAUCAGGUUUACAACUAUCCAGAAGGCCUAGGAGAAGUGCUUUAUAGAGAACAGUUCGACUUCAACGCCGAGCCACCUUGGGAACCUAGCUGAUGAUAGUAGGGUUCCAUCUCCUAACUUGUCCAUUUUGUUGCAUAAUUUAAGGACCCGGAUCUAAGGCUUGGCGGCCUGUCCCUUGUGUUUCUUGGUUUAUGACUGUCGGCUUUGCGGAAUACGGCUGAGAUGAAAGGAUUUCUUGAGGAUGCAAACUACUCCAUUGGCCUGCUGGAUGAAGGAGCAACUCUUGGAGAUGUUAUUGACAACUAUGUUUAUGAACAUACACUUACUGGAAAAAAUGCAUUUUUUGUUGGUGAUCUUGGAAAGCUUCUGAAGAAACACAAUCAAUGGCAGAAUGUGAUGGCACCAGUAAAACCAUUUUACGCUGUAAAAUGCAAUUCCACUCCAGGUGUACUUGAGAUUCUGGCAGCUCUUGGAAUUGGGUUUGCAUGUUCUAGUAAAUCUGAAAUGGCAUUGGUACAAGACUUGGGCAUUGCUCCUGAAAACAUUAUAUAUACAAAUCCUUGCAAGCAAGCUUCUCAGAUAAAAUAUGCAGCGAAAACUGGGGUAAACAUCCUGACUUGUGACAAUGAAAGUGAAUUAAAGAAAAUUGCACGUAACCAUCCAAAUGCUAAGCUCUUACUACAUAUUGCCACAGAAGACAUUAGUGGAGCUGAGGAGAUGAACAUGAAAUUUGGCACCAUGCUGAAGAGCUGUAGGCACCUCAUGGAAUGUGCUAAGGAGCUUGAAGUCCAAAUAGUUGGUGUUAAAUUUCACAUUUCAAGCUCUUGCAAGGAACCUCAAGUGUACGUUCAUGCUAUAUCUGAUGCUCGGUGUGUGUUUGACAUGGCUGAAGAAUUUGGCUUUAAGAUGAACAUGUUGGACAUUGGUGGGGGCUUCACAGGUUCAGAACUUCAGCUGGAAGAGGUUAAUCAUGUCAUCAGUCCGUUGUUGGAUGUCUACUUUCCUGAAGAAUCCGGUGUUAAUGUGAUUGCAGAGCCUGGAUGUUAUUAUGUUUCAUCUGCAUUUACUCUAGCAGUUAACAUCAUUGCAAAGAAAGCUGUUGAAUAUGAUAAAUUUCUUCCCUCUGGAAUGGAGCAAACCAGGAGUGAUGAUGAGCCAAUCUUUAUGUACUACAUGAAUGAUGGUGUUUAUGGUUCUUUUGCAAGUAAAUUGUCUGAGAAAUUUAAUACCAUCCCAGAGGUUCACAAGAAAUACAAGGAAGAUGAGCCUCUGUUUGCCAGCAGCCUUUGGGGUCCAUCCUGUGAUGAGCUUGAUCAAAUUGUGGAAAACUGUCUUCUUCCUGAGUUGAGUGUCGGAGACUGGCUGAUCUUUGAUAACAUGGGUUCUGGUACCUUGGGUCAACAGUCUGCCUUUAAUGAUUUUCAGAGGCCACCAGUUUACUACAUGAUGUCUUUCAAUGACUGGUAUGAGAUGCAAGAUGCUGGAAUUACUUCAGACACAUUGAUGAAGAACUUCUUCUUUGUGCCUUCUUGCAUUCAGCUGAGCCCAGAAGACAGCUUUUCCACUGCAGCUUAAACAGGCAGUAACGCUUCAUGUAGACUUGCAGUUGCAAGCCUGUAGUUUGUCUGGUCAACAUUCCACUGUGGAAUUAAAAUGGAACAAUCUUGAAUUCAACUCGUUCUCUUCAAAACUUGAAAAUUAGUAAUAGCCAAUUGGGACCAGGCAAAACCAGCUACAACUACAAUUCACUGGGGGUGGGAGGGUUAGAUGAUAAUGUCCAGAUUUAAACUUGCCAGUUCGUUCAACCCCUGAGCGUUUAAAUAAAAUAUGCAACAAAAUGGAUGACUUAGUCGAGAUGGAAACCCAUCACUUGGGUUCUCAGUUAAACAGUUUACAUACAAGUACACAGUUUUUAUACUAAGGAUUCCUGUUAGAAAGUCUUGUAAAGUUAUUGUCUUUCACCCAGAUAUAUCAAAUGUCAGUGGGAGACUAGUGUGACUUCAUUAGAGAUGUUCAGUGUAUUUAGUGUGUAAAUUUGUGCUUUGAACUGUAGUUCAAUAAAUGUAAAAUUGCAUCAUAGUAUUUGUUGUAUUUGACCCUUGACGUAACCCGUGUAUGAUUGCAAUAAAACUUUGUGUAGAUUUUU